UGACAGCUGCUGCAGCCGUUUCAGUUAUCAGCUGGCUUUAGUGCCUUUCGCUGUAGUUUCCUGUAAGUUUGCAGGCGCUGGUAAAUUGCAUGCAGUUGUUGUUCAAAACUAUCAAUAACUGCUUCAAGCCGACCACUGUAGCAUAGAAACUUUCCAUCGGUUUACGUCUCAAUGGACACUGUUCAGACUAUGGCGUCUGGAUUUACUCUGGACCUGGGACCUCUGAAAGAACCACUUGGAUUCAUUCGUGUGCUAGAAUGGGUUUUCACCAUUUUUGCCUUUGCUACCACUGGAGGUUACUCUGGGACAACUCACUUCACAGUCAAAUGCGCUGGAUCCGAGCAAUCACUCGACGUGAAGCCUACGUUUGGAUACCCGUUCAGGUUGGCGGCGCAGCCUUACGGGAUGCCUACGUGCGAUGGCAAAUUCAAUGAGACCUACCUACAGGGCAACUUCUCCUCCUCGGCAGAGUUCUUUGUGUGUGUGGGUGUUUUUGGUUUUCUGUACUGCACCGCCACGCUGAUUCUGUACUUGGGCUACCAGAGUGUGUAUCGCCAGACCACCCGCGGCCCUUUCAUUGAUUUGGUGAUAACCGCUGCCUUCGCCUUCCUGUGGCUCGUGUCCUCUUCAGCCUGGGGCAAAGGCCUGACUGAUGUCAAGUGGGCCACCAACCCCGAACACCUGGUGGAGAACUGUGCCAACUGCCACCCAGGAGAGUUUCCUUCCAUGGGACGCCUAAAUGCAUCGGUGAUUUUUGGCUUUUUAAAUCUGAUCCUUUGGGCGGGUAACUGCUGGUUCAUCUACAAGGAGACGUCCUUCCACAAAGACCCCAACCCACCCGCCACUGUGGAGGAAGGAGGGAUCCCGGGGCCUUAAGCUUCUCAUGCAUGUCUCUGUAACAGUGACAAUAUUAAUAAUAAUAAUAAUUAUUAUUAUAUUGUCUCUGUACAUACUAUGCCAAACACUGGUUCUACAAAAAAAAGAAUAUUUCAAUUUAAUAUCGUUCCCAUUUGACUACAUAGCUUUUUUUAUUCUUACUAACGAGGCCUUAUUUUCUUAUGUCUUUAAGCCAUGAUGCAGCUUUUAUCCUAAAAAGCUUACAUACCAUGUACAAUUACAAUUGGUGUGUAUGUAGGAUUCAAACCUGUUGGGUGUUGAUAAAACAGCAGGGCCACUUGGCUUCAGCAUUGCUUGACUGUUUCCCGUAAGGAAAAAAAAAAACAUGAAGUUGUUUUACCGGGUUUGGGUGUUUUGUUCAGUUGUUUUCCACCCCUGUGGUGUGGGUUGUUGGAGUUGGUGCAAAUACUUCAUGUGGUGACUAAAAUAGUGUGCGUGCAUGUAUUAAUCGUUUUUUGUUUUUUUUUCAGUAAUAAUGAAUAUUGCGCAGAAGAUAUAUUCAAAAAUUGCAAAACCAAACAAAGCACUCCCGGUUGUUUAUGCAGAUGUACUAAUUGACAUAACGAAUAAAGCCGACUGCUGUCUUUUACAGACAGCAUACAGGAAGAAAGCACAUGACGACUACUACUACGUAUACCUGCUUCCUGCCAAGGUCCUAGACUAUGAUGGGAUGUUUUCUCAACCAGGGCUUGGCUGUGUACUUCUUGAUUUUUUGCUUAAAUUAAUUGGGGCUUCAGAGCAGCUAAUGAUGAUAAGACGUCCCUGACAUCCAACUGAUGGGCAAUUUUUUGUUUUACUUUUUACAUUUUUUUGUACUUCAGGUUGAAAUAUUCAAGUCCUCCCCGCUUACAUACUGUAUGAACCUGCUUCCGUCAGGAACGAGGUCUGCUGUCGUUUGUACCGCAGAUUACGGUAUUUCUUUUUUUACAUAACAGUUUUACAUUUAACAGUAGUAUUCAGUGUGUAGCCAUAUUUAUGCUUACCUCUUUCCAUUUUAUCUUCAUUUGAAAGCCAACAUCGGACGUCUGUUCGUAUUUCCGCCUCCUCGUUGGAAAGAAGAGCAUUAUUUCUGUCACAUUGAUUCAUUUGGUUUGUUGUGCCACCGCAUUGCUCUUUGCUAAGUCAAGUAAAAUGUGGCGCAAUAUAUCCUGCAUAAUUUAAUCCUGUGCGGGUCUGUGACACAAAUGUGACAUGAUUGACGACAGUGUGAGAAGCAAUGGUUUCAUCCCCUGCUGAUUUUUUUAAUAGUAGAUUUUAUUUUAACAGAGCAAAAGAAUAAUAAUUUAAAAAAAUGGUAUAACAUUGAGUGUUAUACCAGAUCCUUCAGGAUCUCAAUCUAGUCCAGUACAGUGUGUCGCUAAGGCCUUUCUUGGUGACUGUGCUCCCAACUCCCUUGACAUCAUGAAGCGGCUACUCCAUCGUAAUUAUGUUUCUGUCCAUGUCAUGACCUGAGAUUGGGAGUAUUUCUUUAAUUAGUGUUUCAUGGGCAAUUAACCGGUCUGUGGGGAUCAGUGCUUCUUUCACUUCAUUAAAUACAAAUGCUUUAUUUGAUUGGGUUACACUUUACAGUAAGGUACACAAAAUUACAGUAGAACCAACCCACCUAACCCUGACCACUACUCACUCGUUCCUCAGUUACAACUCUUAAAUAGAUGUGCUUAGUUCCUCAGCAACUACUCAUUAGUUCCUCAUUAAGUACCGUAUUUUUAUGGACCUUAUUGUAAAGCGAAACCUUUUAUUGUUUGAGUCAUGGACUGUUGAUGUCGUUGUAUAUACUUUGCUUACAGCAGGAUGCUUAUUAUCAGCCACCGUUAUGUGUAACGUACAAGUAUUCUGGUGUUGUACUGGCGGAUUGUUGUCAAGAAAAAGUAAAAAAUACAAAAACCAAAGCAGGAGCAGGAAAUAGUCAUAGUCCAAAUGCAAGCUUCCAUGUGUGACCACGUCCAUAGACGCAAAUCAUUUAGUCUUGACACAAACUGACUUGAAAGGCAGAAUUUAAUGCAGAUUUUGACAUAUUAAGAUCUUCUAGUUAUAAUCAAAUGUUUGAUAUCCUGUUUGAGUUUAAAUGUAGUUUUCAAUAAAUUUUUUCCUCUUGCUCCUGUUUUUUUCUUUUUUGUAUUUUGAUGCUUUGGUUUGAGGUUUGAUUGAAUAUAAUAGUGUCACUCUCCUAAACCCUCACCGUGGGAAAAAGUGCUAAGAUAACAAUGUAUGCAGUAUAUUAAAAAUCACAGACUGUGUAAUUUCAUUUGAAAUCCAAGCUUGUAAGUGAAGUAAAAUGUCCUCCUAUGGAUCAGCACUUGUUUAUUCAUGAGUAGUCUACACUCGGGAUCCACAGCUACUGUAUGUUUAAGAAGAUGUUUGUUGCUUAAGCACUUAAAAGGAUUAAGAAGGGCAAAGUGGUGUACACACGCCAUAGAUCACAUUGUAAGCACACUUGGGUAAAUGCUUUCUUGAUGUCACAAAAUAACAAAUAAAUUUGAAUGUGCAUGCUUCCAA